GAAUAAUUAAUUCAAUCAAAAUAUUAUUGAUUGUGAAGAUAACAAUUUAAUAUAAGAAAAAUGCAACAACAACAAGAACCAUCAACUCCAACCAUUCAAGAAGCCAUCAGCAAUACUCCAACAACACCAACAACACCGACAACAACUCAAAAAAACAAACCCAAUGAAUUUAUAGUGGCACAAGCAUCCCGUUAUAUUUAUUCAUUAUAUGAAUAUAAUUCUAAAUUAACUGGACAUACAGUCUUGCUGAGUCAGCAGGAUAUUCAAUAUCAAGUCUAUAGAUAUUUGGAAAAAUUGGAACAAGCUGGAUAUAAAAAGAAGGAACAAGGACAAGCUGUUGAAUUAUUUAAUAAGCAAUUAGCUAAUUUAUACAAGGAAGAAGGAAACAAAUAUUUGAAGAAUAAGAAAUUUGCAACAGCUGUUGAUCUUUAUAUUUCUGCUUGUUUAAUUGCUCCUGAACAAGCUGUUUAUUAUAGUAAUUUAGCUUCGGCAUUGUUCUUUUGUAAGAGAGUGGAAGAAAGUGAACAAGCUUGUUCAUUUGCAAUCAUGUUAGAUCCAAAUUAUUCCAAAGCUUAUUCCAGAAUGGCAAAAGUGAAAGAAACUCUUAACAAAUAUGAAGAAGCAAUUAGAAAUUAUGAAAAGGCAAUUGAAUUGGAAAGUUCACAAAGUGUUAAGGAAACUCUGAUUAAACAAGUGAAUGAAUUGAAAUUAAAGAUGAAUAAAUAAUAAUUUACACACU